UCUACAGAAAUAUAGAUUGAUUCCGCCUCUCUUUCCUUGUUCAAUUCAAUUUCAUCUAUUUCAUCCUGUUUUCCUUUCUCAGCUCUGCAAUAGCUGUCUUAAGUAUUUCUUUUACAUGUCCUAUCAUGUUCACCCACUGUAGUUUUUCUCCGGCUACUCUUUGUCUUUCGUUCCUUCGAUUAUAUUUUCUGGGUCUGGUCCUGUCACAGCCAACGGCAAACCUUUCUACUACAUGGGUAGCCAGCUCUAUCAAUUCAGUGUCCUUUGGUAGCGGGUCUCCUGUGGGUUCUGUGAAUCCUAUUCUUCUCAGAGGAAAUGAUGUCCCGUCAUUUGCCUGUGGCUUUGUCAGCAUGCUAUCAGAAACCAAUUAUCUCUUUGCUAUUUCCAUUGUCCAUACAAACGCGUCUCAAAUUGAUCAUACUUUUACAGCUUUUCCGGAAGUAGUAUGGGUUGCUAAUCGUAACCAUCCGGUGGUAAACCCCACGCUUGAGUUCACGUCAGAAGGUGACUUGGUCUUAAAAGACGGGGAUGGUUCUGUGGCAUGGUCAACGAACACUUCAGGUAAGUCUGUUAUAGGGUUGAACCUGACAGAUUCGGGAAACCUUGUGUUGUUUGAUGCGAAUAAUGUGCCAGUUUGGCAGUCUUUCGAUCACCCUAUGGACUCCCUAGUCCUUGGACAGAAGUUAAGCAUAGGGCAGAAGUUGGUGCCUAGUGUUUCCGAAACGAAUUGGACUGCACAAAGUUUACUUUCACUUUCCAUGACUAGUACAGGCUUAUUUGCACAGAUGGACACUGAUCCUCCGCAGAUCUACUACCCAGUUCGCAUAAAAUUUCCAAACACGAGUAAUGACUCGAAUUACAUCGAAUUUGUAAAUGGAACCUUAGCAUUGUUCACGAAUUCCACACGAAAUGGUUCUAUCUUUAUCAAUAUUCCUCCUGCUUCAUUGUUUAUGAGGUUGGAAUAUGAUGGGCACUUGAGAGCAUACGAGUUUGAUCGGGACAAAUAUCAGUGGACGGUGGCAGCUGACCUUCUGGUUCGGGAUUAUGGUGACUGCGGCUAUCCAACAGUCUGUGGGCAGUAUGGAAUUUGCACUUCAAACGGGCAAUGCACUUGUCCAGAUUCAAAAGGGGCCACAACCUAUUUCAAGCAAACAAACGAUAGACAUCCCAAUCUCGGGUGUUAUGAGGAAGUUCCUUUGUCUUGCGACAAUUCACAAUAUCAAAGUUUGCUGGAGCUCAGGGAUCUUUCUUACUUCACGUACAGCACGGAUCCACAAAGCGCCCCAGAUCUUGCGAAUGUAACUAAGGUAAACUGUAAAGAGGCUUGUGCUAAGAAUUGUUCAUGCAAAGCAGCUUUUUUUCUGCGAGGCCCCAAUAUCCCAAGUGAUUCAGGUUCCUGCUACUUAUUAUCAGAUGUUUUUUCACUAAUGAACCUGGAACAGCUUAACAAUUCUAUUGGUUACAUCAAAGUGGAGAACAUUUCCAAUGUAGUUCCUAACUCUCCCAGUUUGAGGGACAAGACGAACAGUCUCGCAUUAAUACUAGGCUCCAGCCUUGGAUCUGUAUUUGCUUUGAUCAUUGUCAUUGGAGUCAUAAAAGUUUUCUCUCGAAUGAGAAAAGCUGUCGAUGAAGCUGAGGAGGAUCAUCUAGAUCAAAUACCGGGAAUGCCUAUGAGAUUUACUUACGACAGUCUGAAAGUCAUUACUGAGGAUUUCAGCAAGAAGCUUGGAGAGGGUGGCUUCGGCUCUGUGUUUGAAGGCACUCUAAAGGAUGGUUCGAAAGUAGCAGUGAAGUGCCUCGACGGUUUAGGCCAUAUCAAGAAAUCCUUUUUGGCCGAGGUUGAGACUAUCGGGAGCAUUCAUCACGUCAACCUGGUAACGCUUGUAGGAUUUUGCACGGAGAACUCUCACAGGCUGCUGGUGUAUGAAUUCAUGCCUAAUGGCUCGCUAGACAAAUGGAUCUUCCGCAGAUCCAGCGAAUAUGUUCUGCACUGGCAGCAGAGGAGGAAGAUCAUUUAUGACAUUGCAAAGGGUCUGAAUUAUCUCCAUGAAGAAUGUAGAAGGAAGAUAGUCCACCUAGAUAUUAAACCCCAAAACAUUCUCUUGGACGAGAAUUUUAAUGCUAAGGUCGCCGAUUUUGGGUUGUCUAAGUUGAUCGAUAGGGACAAAAGCCAAGUCAUGACGACCAUGAGGGGCACACCCGGCUAUUUGGCUCCAGAAUGGCUGAGCGCAGCAAUCACCGAAAAAGUCGAUGUCUAUAGCUUUGGAGUGGUGGUCCUGGAAGUAGUGUCUGCCAGGAAAAUUUUCGAUAACUCACAAGACCCAGAAAACACGUACUUAGUAGGAGUUUUCAGGAGAAAGGUAGAAGAAGGACGGCUGUCGGAUAUCAUCGAUAGUCACAGCGAGGAUAUGCAGCUAAAUGAGUUGCAGGCGGUGAAUAUGUUGAGACUUGCUGCGUGGUGUCUGCAAGGAGAUUUCACAAAGAGGCCUUCCAUGUCAAUCGUCGUGAAGGUUUUGGACGGCCUUGUGGUUGUCCCGGAUGACUUGGAGUAUGACUUCUCUUAUCCACCUUUGUUGAAAACUAGCGGAAAAGUUUUUAAAGAGCAGGUUCACUUUGCUGCUUCUAGUCCGUUGUUGCCCUCUGUUCUCUCCGGACCACGGUGAUGCUGCAGAAAAAUGUAAUAUACUUUUCUGUGUAGUUAACAAUGAAUUCUUGAGGAGGCAAUUGAAAUUUCCAAACUUUGUAAAAGUGUGGCUCUCCACGUUCUCUUUGUUUUUAUCUUACCAGUAGUCUGCUCGAUAACAGAUGUUUUGCUUAGUUUGUGAAAGAAAUAUGCAUCAGAAUUCCUUUCCUGAGAACCUUAGAGACGGAUGCAGUGUAUUCUCAGCACACUUUCCAUAAGUUGUAACGAGCAGUGAAUGAAUUCGAUGUGGAGAAGUUUUAACUGA